AUGCGAUUAUUGUUAAUUCUGCCCUAUCUACUGUUGUUAGAGGCCCGAGAACUAACAAGACCAAAUUCUAGUGCAGCGGCCCAGGCACCAGCUACGAAUCAAAAUCAGUCUUUUGUUGAGAAAUGGAGAGAUUUUGACGAUGCACUAGCCAAAAGAAGGAGAGAAUUGUUUAAAAAGUUGAAGAAUGGAACGGCUACCGCCGAACCGCCGGGGAUCGAACCAGGGCCACCAGCGAUACAAAGAGAUUCCUAUCAACAUGUUAUUGAGGAAACUGAAGCGGCUUCUUUUGUUUCGGAAGAUCUUCCAACGACACCAUCUGGGUUAGCUGUUGCAGAGACCACAACUUCAGCCGCAUUGGGCGUCUCAAUAGAUGUUGACUCCAACGACUCGUCAAACAAAAUUCUUAUUUCAGCGACAGGAGCUACCGUAGACGCCAGCUCUACCGAGUUACUAGAACUGAAUGCUAUGAAAGAAAUCGAGGUGCCGACCACUCCCGGAAAGCCGGUGGAAGAAUUGGAAGAUUGCAGCGAAGAUUCCGACGCUACGGAGAUCGGGUUUGAAGAUGCGGCAUUUUCCAAGCGGGCUGUUUUAAAGAUUUCCGGUGAGGUCGUGACAAAGAAGCCGUGCCGAUUACAUGGCGGCCUGAAGGCAGUGCAACCGCCUAACGACGUCUCAAUUGAGGCCAGCAUUCAAGAAGUGACGUCAGCAGGGCCCGGCUUGGCGGCUGAAGGUUCUUCAACAGAAGUGGAGGAGGUCGAAUCUUCCUUAGAAACGGAUACGAAGAAUGAACCCACUACCGAAGUGGCUUUUGAUGAAGCUACUUCCGGCACCAACAACAUCUCCGAACCUGCCGACGAAAUGGUCGAAUUCACGCCGACGACUACCAAUACAAAUUCCGAAUCAAUCCCAGCUUCAACCAUCCCCAUCGAAUCCGAAAUCGCCAAGGAAUUCCUGCAACGAAAAGCCAUGGAAAAAGACAGCAGCACCGAAGACCCAUUUGCUCUGAUUGCCGCCGUAAAAGCGGGUGAUAAGGAGACAAUUAAGGCGAUGACAGAAGAAACGACAGAAGAUCCGAUUGAAACUGUGACCUUUGAAGAUAUAUCAGAAGAUUCCGGGGAGAAACUGGUUACGGAAAGUACCAUCGAUCCGAGUAGUGUCACGGAAGAUCUGGGGGAAAUGGGUGAGGUUACGAUGACUACGGAAAUGUCGGAAGUUCCUGAAGUCGCGCCGGAGGUGGCCGAAGUUCCGAAAGCUGCCACCGAAGUUGAUGCGAAUACGGUAACUGCCGGAAAUUCCGUCUUACCGGAUACCGUAGAAACACCUGCAACCGGAUCUUAUGAUAGUGUAGCUACAGAGCAAUCCUCCUCUCCGGAUGGCGUACCCAGUACUGGAGCGGAAAUUCCGGAAACCGCUCCGGCCCUUGAUUCAGAAAUCCCGGAAAUACCGACGACGUCUGAAAUCCCGGAAAUUCCGCUCGACUCCACAGUAUCGACCGAAAUUUGGAAAAAAUCGAGAAAUACGAUAAUUCCCAUGGAAUCCGAAGCGACGGUAAUACCUACAGUACCUGUAGAAGAAACAGCAGCACCGGUAGAAAAUCGUCCACGCGCUCCUGCAGCUUCUGCCUAUGGCGACAACGAUGUAGCGGCAAUUAAUGCAACCCCAGAAAAAUCAGCAGAAGCCGCAUUCAACACCAAGGGCAUUUUUGACAAUUCUGUUCUCGAAGGCAGGAAUUGGACCAAACCGACAAGAGGUGCUGUUAUUGGCUGCCCUCCACCCAGACUCUGCGCUAAGAAUUGCUUUGUGAUGAUCAACGAUCAGGGCUGCCAGGAUUGCCAAUGCUUGUGGAUAUCGUUGAGCUGCGAAACCGAUAAUGAUUGCCCGGAAAACGCGCAAAUUUGCGAUCUCGGAAAAUGUGUGUGCCGACCGAAAUGGGAGCAAGACAUGGCGAGGCCUGGAUUUUGUAAAGCGGCAUCACCAAAGUCUUAUGGAAUACCACCAAAUCCUCCAGCCCGCUUCAUGGCCCAGCAGCGAGCCCUGAGAAGCGGCAAACUUCACGUGAAAUUCCGCGACCAACCUACGACCACUACGGCGUCGACCACCGCGCCCGAUACGAGGAGAAAGGAACCCACAACAAUCCCGGCCAGCAUGUACUUUUUCGGAAGAAAUGCGACGAGGAGUAAAAGGGGAGUAAAAUGGACUCCAAAACCCCGGCAAAGCGAGCGGUUGCAAUGGCCAGGGCCCUGCGAUGACAACAACCAAUGCCCGCGGGAUUUGUUUUGUAUUGAGGGAGAUUGCUGGAGUUUACCAGACAAACCAUUAAAACCAUUUGCCCUUCGUGAAGACAACAAUCGAAAACAAGAUUUUUCGGACAUCGCUUCCGGUGGCCUGGACCACUUCCAGGAUAUGCUUGGUGAUGCGGACAGUAGUUUUCAUGGAUCGUUUCCGCCCUCACCGCCCGGCUUUGAGCCAACUGAGGAAGAAAUUAUCACCUUGUUACGGCCGGCUUCCCAAAUCCGGAAUUCUGAGAACCGGAAGAGCUGGAAGCUGCUUGAGAGGAGCAGAUCGGAUAGAAGGAGAGCCCCUGCCCAAGCUACACCAAGCCCAAAUGAUGUGGAAACGUCACAAUCGAGCUUCAAAAAUCCGCCCUCUUUCGAGCUAACCGAUUCCGGAAAUCAUGAUAGUUUUAUGGAGAAUUUCUGGAAGCAAAAAUUGCAUAUCGAAGCACCAAAUAAAUUCCAAGAACUCGAACAGGAAGAAGCCGGUCUGCCUAGCCAAGCUGAUAUCAAUGAUCAAGAGCCGGGCGUUUGGUACGAGGUGCGACCGGGGGAAUUCCCGCGGAUCGGGCCACAACCUCGGAAAAAUGCGAAUGUCCCAAAAAGAAAUGAGAGGAUGUUCUACGAAUAUACAAACUCAAAUCUGCUGAACAAGCCAAUCGUCGUGAUGCGCGAGAAUGGAAGGGGU